AUGUUCGGAUCCGAAGGCCUGGCGCUGGCGAGCCUCGUGCCGCGCACCAUGACGGACUUCGCGCCGCUGAACAUCACGGCCCUGGCGUCCGUGAACGGGUACUCGACCAUCCAGUGCUGGCAGCUGCCCACGGCGCCGGUGGAAGCCAUGUCAGCGCUCAACUACGGCAUCGGCAACACGUCCAAGGCCACGUGGUCCAUCAUCGAGCCGCGGACCGUCAUCGGGGAGGCGUGGGCGCCCUCCGUACAACUUUCGAUGGUCCUGAACGGGAUGAUCCACGUCUCGGCGCCGGCGGCGGAGGAGCUGCGGAACCUGAGCGCAGUCAUAGACGACUCCCGCGAGGCUGGCCCCCCACCCCACGUCGAGGCGUACCUCAUGCCAGGGACGCUGGCGUCCUCGCUGGUCAUCGCAGCCGACAUGAAGGCCACGAGCUAUAUCUCGGGGCACUGGACCGAGUUCCCGAGCAACGAGCCGACGGUCCUGGUGCAGACGCCUUUUGUCGACAACCAAGUGCCCGAGCACACGGUGUUGCACGACGGGCCAUGCGAGUGA